AUGGCAACGGGCAUGGGCGCACCUCCAGCGCGAUGGAGAUACCUCCAGAACAUCGUUAGCCGACAUGGCCCUUUCGCAGACCCCGAUUUCGAACCUAGCCCAGCUGUUCUUGACGUCCUGGCGUCUAUGAAGGUUUUUGGCGCCGGAGGGCUUGGCUGCGAGAUCCUGAAGAACCUUGCGCUAUCAGGGUUCAAAGAUAUCUACGUUAUCGAUAUGGACACCAUUGACGUUUCGAACCUUAACCGCCAGUUCCUCUUCCGGCAGUCCGACGUUGGAAAGUACAAGGCUGAAGUGGCCGCUCGUUUCGUGGAAAGGCGCGUCAAGGGCGUCAAAAUUACGCCUUACUGUGGUAAAAUCCAGGACAAGGACGAGGAUUUCUACUUGCAGUUUGCCAUGGUAGUGUGCGGCCUCGACAGCAUCGAGGCGCGCAGGUGGAUCAAUGCCACGCUUGUUGAAAUGGUCGACGUCGAGAACCCGGACUCUCUGAAACCGUUGAUCGAUGGUGGUACCGAAGGCUUCAAGGGCCAGGCACGCGUUAUUCUUCCGACCAUGACGUCUUGUAUCGAGUGCCAGCUUGAUAUGCACGCCCCGCGUGCUGCAGUUCCUCUCUGUACACUUGCUACCAUCCCAAGACAGCCACAGCACUGUAUUGAAUGGGCGCACAUCAUAGCUUGGGAGGAAGAGCGCAAGGGCGAUACGCUUGACACUGACGAUCCUGAGCAUAUCACCUGGCUUUACAGCAAGGCUCUCGUCCGUGCCAAGGAAUUCAACAUCCCCGGCGUCACGUACUCAAUGACCCAGGGCGUGGUCAAGAACAUCAUCCCUGCGAUUGCAUCGACCAAUGCUAUCGUUGCCGCAGCAUGCUGCAAUGAAGCCUUCAAGAUCGCCUCCUCUACUAACCCUGCUCUUGGAAUGCCCGAAAGCGGCAAUGGCAACUACAUGUACUACACUGGCGACGACAGCGUGUACACUUACACUUUCGAGCAUGAGAAAAAGGACGAUUGCCCCAUCUGCGGCAACCUCGCCAGGACGCUCGAGGUCGACUCGGCGAACUCGUUGGAGGAGUUCCUGGAAAGCCUCGCAGAGAGACCAGAGACGCAGUUCAAGAGGCCGAGCAUUCGAUCGGAAGCCAAGACGCUUUACCAGCAAUUCCCUCCUAGUCUGGAAGAGCAGACACGCCCGAAUCUCAAGAGGAAGCUCGUUGACUUGCUUGCUAGCGGAGAGGAAGUUGCUGUCACAGACCCGGCGUUUAUGACGGUGUUCAAGUUCAAGCUGGUGUUCAAGGAGUGA